GAGGAGCCGUCUUUGCGCCCGGGUAACUGAGGUUGAGGCUUCGCUUCUUAAACGAAGAGAAGCGGGCAACGGGCGGGAGUGGCAUCUUCAGUCGCCGGUCGGGUCUUCUCCCUUCCAGACGAAGGAUGGGCGACAAAAGACGAGUUACUUGCUUUCCCGAGCCGAGGAGCAACCGGCUGACUAGUCUGGAACGAGGCGAAGGAAAGGAUCUGCCUAAUGAAGGCUAUGCAGUGGAAGGGACUGUGUAUUGACUGGCUGACAUCCUUUGAUUUGAAUGAAAUAUGUUUUGUCCGUCUGGGAUGCCUUAGAUGAUGCCCAGUAAUACUGCAAUGGCAAUUGGGGCUCUUUCUAGUUCCCUUCUUGUGACAUGCUGCCUGAUGGUUGCUCUGUGUAAUUCUACUACACCAUUACAAAAACUAUCCAAGUCUCAAGGCAAGCAGGAGAUAAAAACAAGUGAGGAAAAAAUAUAUCAAUCAUCAGUCCAGGAAAGACAGAAUCAUGGACCAGGAAAAAUGAAUGAAAUGACUAUGAAUGGAAGAGAAGAAGGCACCAGGGACUGGAAAAACAAAGGUAACAGAAAUUACUCUAAUAAAGAAUCUUGGACAAAGCAAAAACAGAUUUUGAGUAUUCAGGCAACAAGUAAUAAUAAGUUUGGGAACCUUGAAGCUCAUAAUCAGAUCAAAGAUAUUGAAGAGGAACUUCCUGCUGCUGAAGAUUUCUCUGUCUUAGAUAUUAUUGCUGGUACUACAUCUGAACCCCCAGAGGAAUAUGUUUAUCCAGACUACCGUGGAAAAGGCUGUGUGGAUGAGAGUGGCUUUGUUUAUGCAAUUGGGGAGAAGUUUACUCCAGGACCCUCUGCAUGCCCUUGUCUUUGUACUGAAGAAGGCCCACUGUGCAUUCAGCCAGAAUGUCCUAGACUCCACCCUCGCUGUAUUCAUGUUGACACUACUCAGUGCUGUCCACAAUGCAAAGAACGUAAAAAUUAUUGUGAUUUCCGUGGGAAAAUCUACCAGACACUGGAAGAAUUCAUGGUUUCAUCUUGUGAGAAAUGUCGAUGUGAAGCCAAUGGUGAAGUAGUGUGCACUGUGUCUGCUUGUCCGCAGACUGAUUGUGUGGAUCCUGUAUAUGAACCAGAUCAGUGUUGCCCCAUCUGCAAAAAUGGGCCCAAUUGCUUUGCUGAGACCAUGGUUAUUCCAGCAGGUCGAGAAGUGAAGACAGAUGAAUGUACUAUAUGCCACUGUACUUACGAAGAAAUUACUUGGAGAAUUGAACGACAAGCUAUGUGUACCAGACAUGAAUGCAAGCAAAUUUAGAUCUACUAAUCUAGGGAAUCAGGAUAUUUUUAUAAAAUAUUUAAAUCCACCAGAUGAUUUGGUGCAAAACAAGAGUCAACUACAAAGGAUAAUUUUGUUGAAGAUUAAGUAGGCAUCAAAUAUUUUGUUUUUGACAGGGAGAAAUAUAUAUAUGUCAACAUUUGCACUUAAAAUAUUUAUGUCAUUGUAAGUGUUAUAUUUCCAAGUGAGUACUUUACAAUAGACUCACAGAUUAUAUUAUUUCUACAGUGCCAUUAGUUUAAUGUUUUAUAUAGAUGAUACUAAUUACAGUAACAUAAAUGGUUGACUGUCUUCUUGAACAUCUGACCAUGCAUAAAAUAAAUAAUGUUUGUUAUAUUAUAUAGAUUAUUUUUAUGAAGAAACAACAAUAGGCAUAGAAAAGGUAAAAAAUAUAGAUAUUAUUAUAACCACUUACAUUUGCAAGGAGUGAGGUGCUUAUCUAUUUAAUGCAACAAGACAUUUGUUAUUGAGUUUAGUAAUUUUUAUCUGCACAGAAAUAUGCACACAAUAUGUGCCUAUAUUUCUUUAUUAUUCACAUAUGCUGGCAUGAAUAUACAGUAAUCUGAGAGCAACUGGACUACUUCAUAAUCUGCUGGAUAUUUUUUAUCUUCUGUUAUAAGAAAUUUAGUCUCCCAUCAGUAGUCUGGAAAUAUAAGUCAUGUAUUUUCUGUGGUUAGGCAUUUAAUGCAUAUGAAUAAAUCACAUAAUUUAUGUUUUUUCCCCUAUUUUAACCUAGUUGAAAUUACUUUUCCUAAUAGGCAAAUAACAUCUGACAAAAAAUAUCCUGUUUCAGCUACAAAGUACAUUCCCACUAACAUAUAAAUUAUUUGUGAAAAGGCAGAUUGCCAGUUUUCAAGCCAAGUGCUCCCAUGACAUCAUUUUCAAAAAUUCAAAACAGAAUGAAAAAUAUUACAGUUCUUAUGUUAGAAAAUUACUAAAUUCUGUGAAAUCCUGGCAACACUUGCUCUAUAAAAAUGGCAUUAUUAAAUGAAACUCAAUUAAGAAGAAUUUUUAAGCAUUUAAUUAAUUUAGGCAUCUUUCCCAAAUAUCUCAAAAUAAUUUACUGUUAUUAAAACAGUUAAACCAGUAGAACUAGUAUUUCUUUUCAAUUUCAAGGCUAAACAAUUAAUAUAAUUCCAGUGAGAAAUAGCAUUUUUCAAAUAUACCUCAGCUCUUAACAAAGAAGUGGAAAAUAUUUGUGUUUUUUUUAAUUUGCUUAUCAAUUAGCUUACUCAUGACUGUUUGUUUCAUAAAUAAAUUUGCAUUCAGUAUUUUGAAUAUUUUUGAAAAUUCUAAUGUGUUUCUUAUUUAUUGUAUUUUCAUGAUAAAACAAUGAUACAACUUUUCCAAACAAUUUACCUUACAAAUUCAAAGAUUAUGUUAAAAGAAUGCAAAUAAUAACCAACAGGUAAUUUUUGUAUCAUCUUCCUGAGGGGAGAAUCGUCUUAAAUUUAACAUUUUCUUCAUCUUAAGUAAAUAUAAGAUUAUUAGCAUGUUUAAAACAGGAUUUGGUCAUUUUCCAAUAGAAAACACAGGUCACUAGAAGACACCUCUAAUACAAUAUUGAUAAAAUGUGUAAAUUUCCUAAAA